UCCCAUGAUGCCUUGCUGCCCGUGAGUACGUAGGUGUUUCCGGUGUGGUAUAAGAUUUUACUUCCUUCUGCACAGCUCGACGCGAACAAACCAAGAAAGAAGACAUCGUAAACUACUAAAUGUCGCCGCAAACAUUCGUUUAUGUGUCGAACUUUCGUUCGGUGAACAUCUAAAAGUCCUCACAAUGUGUUGAGCUGAGAUUGAAAACCGAAGAUUCGUCGGAAACGUUGAUAGCGACGUUGAGGCCUCGCGAAGAAAGUUUGGUCGUGGGCCCGUAAACAACAUGUCCUCCGCGUCGCAGCCUUCCUCAAGGCGGCAAUGGUGCUACCUCUGCGACCUACCCAAGAUGCCCUGGGCCAUGCUGUGGGAGUUUAGCGAAGCGGUGUGCCGGGGAUGUGUCAACUACGACGGCGCGGACAGAAUCGAGCUCCUCAUUGAGACAGCCAGGCAGCUUAAGAGCACCCACGGAGUUUUAGACGGCAGGUCUCCCGGCCCACAGCAGGGUAAAGCCAGCUCGGCUGGGUCCGUGGAGGCAGGGCGGCCGCAUGGAGAACGUCUAGACCGGGGGAGGAGUGAGUAUGUGGCGACGUCUCGCCUUCCUAAUGGUCUGCAUAGAGCUGAAGAUGUGUCAGAAAGCAGCCGGCAGAGCCCGAACACUCGCAGGGCGAUGACCGGAGCACUCCCGAGUCUCCAUGGGACCAUAUCGCAUGCUUUUGGGCUUGCUCAGGGUUUAGUUGCAUCGCCACAUGGGCUCCUAGCGCCAAUAUCAGGCUCCAGACCGGGUGGGACUCCUAUUGCGGUGUCCGCUGGCCCCAUCAUGAGCGAUGCUGGUAGGAGACAGGCUGUACAGGCUCUGGGUGUGGGAGCCAGCACGUCCGCCUUGGUGGGAAUCGACCCGGCGACGUGGAGGAACAGUGAAGUGAUGGCAGAGCUCAACGAGGUUGCACGGAGCAGAGUGGAAGGCUGGCCGAACCGUCCCAAAGCUGUCCGAGAUGUUCUCCUGGCGCUCAGUGGCUGUGUUCCCUUCACGGUGCGCUUCAGGAAAGACCACAGUCUUAUGGGACGGGUUCUGGCUUUUGACGCCGGAUCAUCUCCGGAGUUUGAGCUGAAGGUGUUUGUGGAGUAUCCAGCUGGUUCCGGUGUGAUCUACUCGGGAGUUGCGGACCUGGUCAGGCAGAUGUUCCGUGACGCGGCCAAGGAUGCUGGUAAAGCGGUAAAUUCCGGGCUGCGCUACGUGGAAUAUGAAAAGCGUCCCGGGACCGGAGACUGGCGUGGACUCUCUGAGCUAUUAAACGACGGCGUACGUAUGUUUAAAGAACCGCCCAUCCCUGAGGUUCUCCCACAGCCGGAUGCAGGGAUGCCCAUGGCGGCGGCGGCUGGGCGUUCCGUCCCGGCCAAGGGCACAACACGGCGUCGCAAAGCAUCCCCGGGUUCUGAGAAUGGCGAGAGCGAAGGAAGACCCGAUCACUCCUCUCGAGAGGUGUGGUCCAGAGGAGCUUACCCGGGAAUUGAACCUCUUCCCGCCCCUCCGGACGGUCCGCCGCGAUUACACAGCCAGCCCUCGCCCAUGUCGGCGCUCAUGGGGGUGGCGGACAGCCUGAGCUCCAGCCAGGUGGCCAGAGACAGCCCCGGCAUGUCCGCGGCCCACUCCUCCAUCACCGGCCGCACCGCCACCAGCAGCCCCUCCACCUCCUCCACCUCAAUCUCCCAGGCUGCCGUGGGCCUGAGCAGCGGCACUAGUGGCGGCGAGUCGACCGGAAACGGGGGUCAGGGCACCCUGCUCUGCUGCACGCUCUGCCGGGAGCGCCUAGAAGACACCCACUUUGUCCAGUGUCCCUCUGUCCCGCACCACAAGUUCUGCUUCCCCUGCACCAGAGGCUUCAUCCGCAGCCAAGGCCAAGGAGGAGAGGUGUACUGUCCCAGCGGGGAGCGCUGCCCCCUGGCCGGAUCCACCGUGCCCUGGGCCUUCAUGCAGGGUGAGAUCUCGACCAUUCUGGCGGGGGACGGAGACGUGACGGUCAAGAAGGAGAAUGACCCUUGACGUCUGCAUCGUUACUGCAAUGUGGACGAUGAUGAUGAUGAUUCCAAAGCACUUCCCUACCGUGUCCAGCAGAGAUCCACUCGGUCUGUGCGGUUCGUUUGUUCGUCGCCGCCUCCACGAGGACGAGACUGUUGGCUUAAAGGACUCGACAAGACUCGCUCACACUUUUUCCUCUUCAGGCCUCAUUUUCAAAGUUGGAAAGCACACGUUUUUGUUGUAAUAAGAACGACAAUCUACUUUGUCUUUCAUUUGUGUUGUUGUUGUUGACGAUGGUGGGCUCACACGGAUGACCUUAACAUGUUCCUCAAACUAAACAAUAAAUGUUGAAAAUGUGGCGGAGCUCCUUACCUUUUUAAAAGCCGAGGAUUGGAGUCAUGUGACCUCACGCGCGUCUCUUACUAUUGGUAUUCACCGUCUGUCAAAAAAAAAUGUGAAUUUGCUUUCAAUAUGGCGACGUGAUUUCUAUUUUUGAUACAAUUCCAGUGUGUUCAUAGUCAUGGGAAGACCAAAGAUGGCUUCAUACUCGUUUAUCAUUUGUGUACGCUGUAAUCUUGCUAUCAUUUAUUUCUUUCACAGCGGUAUGCUUCUUUUUUUCAAUUCCUUCCUGAAAUAUGUACAUGAUAAUUAGCACCACUUUUCAAUGUUUAACCAACAUACGUGUGAUCUUAAGGAUCAGUUCUACAAUAAACUACCUUUUGUUUUAUAUUUCUGUCACAGAAAUACAUGCUAUUUUUUUUUUACAAACUUUAUUCAAUAAACACCAAAACGAACCCAA